AUUUUGGCAUAGCUAGUAGAGACUCGAAACCUCCCAUGUGGGAUUCCUAUUUUAAGGCUUAUUCUUUGGAAGCGUGCAAUUCUUUCCAAAUGAAUUCAAGAACUUUUCCCAUUACAGACAAUGACGCAAGUACAAGAAAAAGAGAGUUAGAUGAUACUGUAGUAGAGUAGUGGUCCUAUUACUUGUGCAACACUACUGCACUGUAAGAAUCCUAAAGAAGCCAUAACUAAUUUGUCAACUCUCCAGCAGUAAUAAAACCAACCAUGUAUUCAUAUUACCACCUCCAUCGCAUGCCUAUAAAUGCUUCACUUCUGCCUAUUUCGGUUUUUAUAUCCUAAACCUUCUUCUCACUUGGUCCUUUGCGUGGAAAAAUACAAGAAGCAGGUAUCUCCUAUUUCAGUUUGUAUAUCCUAAACCUUCUUCUCACUUGAUCAUUUGCGUGGAAAAAUACAAGAAGAAGUAAACCAGGAGUAAACAAAAAUGUUUACGCUGAAAAAGAAAUCUUCUUUGUUGCUGAUUACCAUGGCGAUAUUAUCAAUGAUCCUCGAGUUAGAGGCAACGAAAUCAAUGACAUAUAUAGUCCACAUGGACAAGGAAAAAGUUGAUGCUUUGGAUCAAAUGCUUGGAGAUGGCAAGAGAUGGUAUGAAACAGUAAUUGAUUCUAUUGGUGAUAGUGACGCUGAUGAUGAAGAGCCACAAACACAUCUACUAGAACCUCCCCAGCUCUUAUACGUUUACAAAAACACCGUCUCGGGAUUUGCUGCCAAGCUUUCGCCCAAACAAGUUGAAACUCUAAACAAAGUCGACGGGUUCCUUUCUGCAACUCCUGACGACAUGUUCAGCCUCCACACUACCCACACUCCUCAGUUUUUAGGUCUUCAAAAUGGCAAAGGACUGUGGCAGGCUCCUAAUUUGGCGUCAGAUGUCAUUGUUGGAAUAAUCGACACCGGAAUAUGGCCUGAACACGUCAGCUUCAGCGAUGCGGGAGCCAAGUACAUGUCUCCUACACCUGCUCGUUGGAAGGGGCACUGUGAAAAUGGACCCAAGUUCUCGUCUUCGAAUUGCAAUAAGAAGCUAAUUGGUGCAAGAUCCUUCUUUAAAGGAUAUGAAGCUGCGGCUGGAAGAAUCAAUGAGACAACUGAUUAUCGAUCACCGAGAGACUCAGCAGGGCAUGGAACCCACACUGCAUCGACUGCCGCUGGUAAUAUAGUAACGGGUGCCAACCUCUUUGGAAUGGCUAAAGGAGCAGCUGGCGGAAUGAGAUACACGGGGAGAAUUGCUGCUUAUAAAGUUUGUUGGCAAACUGGCUGUGCAAGCUCUGAUAUACUAGCUGCUAUGGAUCAAGCUGUUUCUGACGGGGUUGAUGUGCUUUCUCUCUCUUUAGGUGGAAUUUCAAAGCCUUACUACAGUGAUAACAUGGCUAUAGCAGCAUUAGGGGCUAUCCAGAAGGGUGUUUUCGUCUCAUGUUCAGCAGGGAAUUCAGGCCCAUUUGCAUCAACUGUAGCUAAUACUGCACCUUGGAUUAUGACGGUCGCUGCAAGCUACUUGGACCGAAGUUUUCCAACCACGGUGAAGCUAGGUAAUGGACAAGUUUUCAAAGGUUCAUCUCUUUAUCAUGGUAUUCGAUCGACCAAAAGUUUGCCCCUUGUUUAUGGAAAGGCCGCACCUAAUCGCACUGACCAAGAUGCUAGGUACUGCAUCAGUGGUUCCUUGAAUCCCGAACUGGUCAAAGGAAAGAUUGUUGUCUGCCAGCGAGGCAUAAACUCUCGCACUGGUAAAGGUGAGCAAGUAGAGAUGGCAGGAGGAAUGGGCAUGCUUCUACUGAACUCAGAAGACGAAGGAGAAGAGCUUUUCGCAGACCCCCACAUCUUACCAGCAACUUCAUUAGGUGUGCUAGCUGCAAAUGCCAUUAAAAAAUACGUGAAUGUAACAAAGAAACCAAUGGCUUCAAUAACUUUUGAGGGAACAGUAUAUGGUUCUCCAGCGCCAAUAAUUGCGGCAUUCUCUUCAAGGGGACCUAGCCCCAUUGCACCUGAGGUAAUAAAGCCCGACGUGACAGCACCAGGCAUGAAUAUCUUAGCAGCAUGGCCACCCACGGUGAGUCCAACCCGACUAAUGAGUGACAAAAGGAGUGUCGAGUUUAACAUAAUUUCAGGUACAUCUAUGUCCUGUCCUCAUGUUAGCGGUGUAGCGGCCCUUCUCAAGUCAGUGCACCCAAACUGGUCGCCUGCAGCAAUCAAGUCCGCCUUGAUGACGACCUCUUACACCCUAAACAACAAAAGACGUCCCAUUGCGGACGCCAAAAAUCUUAGUAACUCCGAACCAGCAAGUCCUUAUGCUUUUGGGUCUGGACAUGUAAACCCUGAAAAAGCUUCAGAUCCUGGGUUAGUCUACGAUAUCACCAUCUCGGAUUACCUGAAGUAUAUCUGCACUCUUAACUACACCUCUUCUCAGAUUGCUCUAUUAGCUCGGAGAAGAUACAUUUGCCCAACAAAUGGACUUACUCAGGCAGGCGACUUGAACUACCCUUCUUUCGCUCUAAAUUUCGUACGUGGCACCACAAAUUCUACCAUAACGUAUAUGAGAACUGUGACUAAUGUUGGGAAACCCAACAGUAAUUAUAGAGUGCAAGUCAGCCAGCCGGAUGGAGUUAUGAUUAAUGUUAGACCAAAGAAAUUAAAGUUUAAGAAGGUUGGACAGAAGCUUAGUUACAAGGUGAGCUUCAUGACUACAACAACACUCACCGCUUCUUCUUUCGGAUCGCUGGUCUGGGUGUCAGGAAAAUAUUCAGUUCGAAGUCCUAUAGCAAUAAACUGGCUGUAAUAUAUAAACAAUUAUACAAAAUCUAGCACUAAUUAUCGGUUGGUCUAUUCCCCGUAGUGACCAAAAGGUACAAAUAGAUCCCAAACCAGAAAGUAACAAAAUGAUUAAUGACCAGACUUUUGAGCAAAAGCCCAUACAAAGUAUCUAUACUAUGACUUUGUAAUCGAAGAAAACUUUAUGAAAUAAGAUGGGAUCAGCAGAGAUGUUACAUCAUCUGUAGUUAGUAGUUA